GUCCUGGCAAAGGUUUUCACAGUGCUUGAAGGUUUGGUCUUGGGUCAGGGCCCCCAUUUGUUUUCUGAUUCCAGCCUUUGCAGCCUGGUAAUUGUCAAAUCCUGACAGUCCCAUUGUGAAGGUAUUUAACUGCAAUGCAAAGAAACUGCUUGUAAAUGCCUGGGUAUCCACACACAGCGAGCAAACAAGCACCAUUGGCAGAGAUCUCAGCGGGAAGGACAAAUAUUGGGGAAAACUAAAAAGCUCAGCCUUGGGGCCCUUCCUGUCACGACUACACCAGGCUUGGAGGGGAAUGCAGGUGCUGUGGCUGGAAUCAAAGCCUGCUUAAUGUAAUGAACUUUCCUCUCCCAGUUAAAGUUUUACUUUACUGGAGACCAGUGCAAAGAUUAGUGGUCUUACACUCAUCUUUGUUGUUUUUUCUCUCGCUCUUCUUCUGUAGAAAGUACAUUUUGUGCCCAUGUGAAGCCUGGCUGACUGAGAGCAUCAUCCAAUGAGUGCUGUAGCUUGGCUGCCGGACCCAUCAGGGGCUGAUCUGGAAGAUAAUGACUUUAAUCAGCAUUAAUCACCUUCCUGGCUGACUCAGGCUUUGGCACGCUCUGCUGUCGCUAAGGAUGCCACUGUCCCCCCCACCCCACCCCACCCACCCCGGCCCUGCAGCUCCUCUCUCUGACCACGUCAAGGACAGCGAAUCCCAAGCCUGAGCAAGACCAGCUCAGACCAGCCUGUGCAGAUGUGCAAAGUUCGUGAAAGCCAUGUGAGCUAACGCAAAAAUAUUUGGCAGCAUCAGUAGUAUUGGGCAGCAUUGGCAGUACUUCCCAGAAUCCACAAUAUUUGGAUACCAGCCACAGCCAUCAGCUGGUGGUGCUGAAAGGCUCGCUGUUCACACCACUGUAGGAUUCUUAAUGAAAGCCUCUUUUUCUGUAACAUUCUAGGUAAUUUUAUUGUGUUCUGUGUCCAGCAAUCUCCUCUGGUAGGUGUGUACAGGCAUUAGAGCUGCCUGCUGAGGGGCUCUGUGUAUGCAGGUGUCUGUGUAUGGUUACACAGAGAGACCUGCAUACAUCUUGUGUUUAUAUGUGGCUCCCUAUGUGAUAUACACACAGGAAUAUAUUUUAAAGCAGGUGCUAAAUGCUAUUUAAAUAAAACUCUUAGUCAUUUUCUAGCUGCUUUGCUACAUGUGCUGGAGAGGUUUCUUCUCCCUGAUUCAGCAAGAGGAUUGUGGUGUGACAUGCACACCCCGCACAGAAGCCAAGGUAGGUGUUGAGCAUCUUGAAACAGACUCAAGUCCCUGGCACAUCACAUUCCCAACUGUUCAGCUGAGGGACAGCCCCAGCCCAGCCCUGCAGCUGGAUCAUUUGAAUUUUCCAGAUCCACUCUAUGUCUUUGCAGGUCUCUCAUUGUUUCGUGUGUGUCCCAAACACGGGGAUUGGUGGUGCCUGCUUUGAGCUGAGCGGUGGCCAAAUAAUGCGUGGAAGACUUGGGUUUCUCAUUAACUCCAGAGUUGAUAUAGUCCCAUCUCUCCAAGCACCAGCCUCUUUUCCUGCCUCCAUCCCAGCUCUGCUGUCCUUCCUCCCCUGGCCAAGCCCUCACCUUGCUCUGCAGCCCAGGACAGUGGCUGUUCCCAGAAGGAGAGCGGAGGAGCUGCAGGGUGGAUGAGAAAAGGAAUAUGCAGACAGAGAAGCACCUCACAGGAACAUUGGUCCUCUCCGUCUUCACUGCAGUGUUGGGCUUCUUCCAGUAUGGCUACAGCCUGGGGGUCAUUAAUGCCCCCCAGAAGGUGAUAGAAGCACACUACGGGCGCGUGCUGGGCAUUGUCUCCCCGGACACACACACCACCAAUGGCUCUGGGGAGGAUGGCACGUUCCUCCAGGCUGGCACAGAGGGCACGUUCCCACCCCCAGCUGACCUCAGCGAGGACCCCGCUGCCUCCCCACACCUCCUCACCAUGUACUGGUCCCUGUCUGUGUCCGUGUUCGCCGUCGGUGGCAUGGUCUCCUCCUUCACCGUGGGCUGGAUCGGCGACCGCCUCGGGAGAGUCAAAGCCAUGCUGGUGGUGAACAUCCUCUCCAUCGCUGGGAACCUUCUCAUGGGGCUGGCGAAAUUUGGGCCAUCCCACAUCCUCAUCAUCUCCGGGAGAGCAGUCACGGGGCUGUACUGCGGGCUCUCCUCUGGACUAGUGCCCAUGUAUGUCAGCGAGGUCUCUCCCACCGCCCUGCGAGGAGCGCUGGGGACGCUGCACCAGCUCGCGAUCGUCACGGGCAUCCUCUUCAGCCAGAUCCUUGGACUAGACUUUCUUCUGGGCAAUGACGAGAUGUGGCCCCUGCUCCUUGGUCUGUCUGGCGUGGCUGCCCUGCUGCAGUUCUUCCUGCUCUUACUGUGCCCUGAGAGCCCCCGAUACCUUUACAUCAAACUGGGGAAGGUGGAGGAAGCUAAAAAAAAUUUGAAAAGGCUUAGAGGAAACUGUGACCCAAUGAAAGAGAUUGAAGAGAUGGAAAAGGAAAAGCAAGAAGCUGCUAGUGAAAAGAAAGUCUCCAUAAGACAGCUUUUCACCUCUUCCAAGUACAGGCAAGCUGUCAUUGUGGCGCUGAUGGUGCAAAUAUCCCAGCAGUUCUCGGGAAUCAACGCGAUCUUUUACUACUCCACAAACAUUUUCGAGAGAGCUGGAGUUGACCAACCAGUUUAUGCAACCAUCGGUGUUGGAGUGGUGAACACGGUCUUCACUGUUAUCUCUGUCUUUCUGGUGGAGAAGGCGGGCAGGCGGUCCCUGUUCCUGGCAGGUUUGAUGGGCAUGUUAAUCAGCGCCGUGGCCAUGACAGUUGGGCUUGUGCUCCUGAGCCAGUUUGCCUGGAUGAGCUAUGUCAGCAUGGUUGCAAUCUUCCUCUUCGUCAUCUUCUUCGAAGUGGGGCCUGGGCCCAUCCCCUGGUUCAUCGUAGCCGAGCUGUUCAGCCAGGGCCCGCGCCCUGCCGCCAUCGCUGUCGCCGGCUUCUGCAACUGGGCCUGCAACUUCAUCGUGGGGAUGUGUUUCCAGUACAUAGCAGAUCUGUGUGGACCAUACGUGUUUGCAAUCUUUGCGGGUUUGCUCCUCAUCUUCUUCCUGUUUGCACACUUCAAAGUACCGGAGACGAAAGGAAAGUCCUUUGAGGAGAUUGCAGCUGUGUUCCGCCGCAAGAAGCUCUCGGCCAAAGCCAUGACUGAGCUGCAAGACCUGCGACGCAGCGAGGAGGCAUAGACAUUCAUGCACCCAAAAGGAGGGACUGGCCAUGCACCUCCUUCAGGCACCAUGGGAAGAAUGUUGGGCAAAAGUCUCAUUUCACAAAAACCUUGCAGCUGGCAGACCAAGAGGACACAUCCAUUGGAUUUCUUCUGGCUGCUGUGGUUCACACCUCCCUGCCACAGGUGCUAACCUGGAAUUUUCCUCUGAGACACUUGGGACAGCUGGGCUGCAGGAAAAGCUAGGGAAAGGACAGGAGGAGUACGGUACAUGCACGUCUCAAUGCCCUUCUGGAAGAGCCCAGUGGCACAGUGAUCUUACCAGAUGGCAUUGAGCAGGGCUGUCUCUUAGCUGAAAUGAAGGAAAGAGGGGCUGGCUGAUGCUGCAGCCUCGAGUUUUCACUUUUUAAUUCCCAUCUCUCUGCUUCAUUUUGCUGAGUGACCUGGUGCCUUUAAAAUCCAACUGCUCAUGUAGCUGUGCCACCAGCACACAACACUGAUCACCUCAGGUGCUAAGGAAAACAGGUGGAGCAAACACCCCCUUACUCUUGCCUUCUGCAGAGGAAGAUGGUGGAUCCCACCUGAACCGGUUGGGAUGCACUUCCCUUGCUUUGCUAUCUGUGCAUUAUGGAAAUGCUGUCUGAUCUCGUAAGAUUUUACUCAGUUGCAAUAAUUUCUUUGAGAAUCUUAGAAACUGUGGCUGGGCUGAUGGGCACUUUUCCUACAUUUUAGCCAAACUAUUUAGUUCUCUCUUUCCUCCCAGGAAGCCUCUCCCCCUUCUCCCAGCUGCAGCACAAGGCACAGCACAACACUGACCACACAAAAGGCCUGGGCACUCUUGGCCUCCAUGUGAGGAGACUUGGGCCCUGCUGCUACCCCUUCCAUGGUGUGACCAUUGCCAGGGCACCUCCUUCCCCAUCUGCACCUUCCUUCCCUUCCUUUCAUACAGUGUUCAAGACCCACCGGCUCCAGGUCCAGCCAAAGGCUCAGGCUGCUCAUUGAGUAACAAUUAAUGAUGACCGAAAGAAGAAAUGGGUAUUGGAAGGUUAACUGGAAGGUGCCACUUACCUAACUCCCAUUUUGCAUCACUUAGCAUUUUGCUGGCUGGGUGUGCUUCAGUCAAGAUAGUGUGCAAGCAGGAGGUCAUGCUGUUUCCACAACCUUGUUUGUGCUCCUUUUGCUUCUUUAUGAGACAUUUUUAUGUGACAGAAUCAAACUCCAAGGAUUCUUCUUCCUUUUUUGGGGGCAUAUUUUGGAGCCAUCGUAAAAGCCUGCUCUCUGCUUAAGAUUUGCAUGUUCCUUGUUGUGAUACCAGGUUACUUUUUAGCAACUUUCUCAGGGUAGAAACACAUUAUUUAUUUAGAGAUGAAACACCAGCAUUGCUUGGUCACUGUGUGCUCACCGUGGCUGCCGGUGAAGCAGUGGCCAAAAUGUAACACAGGAUCGAGCAUAAUGAAAAGCACAAAAUAGAUGGUCUGAGGAGGAUCACAGUGCUGCUAUGGGUUUGGUUUUAGGGGAGGUUCAUGCUCCUUUCUAUGUGCCUGAACUUUCUUUCCUGUGUAGACUUUACUCUCUUGGUAUUAAGACCCUACAGCACACUCUGGUCUCUUCCAAGUGAUGGGAAUGCAGCCACAAGGUCCACUGGCAGAAAUGCCUGCCCCUGGUGUGUGCACUGAAGCAGUAAGAUUGCACCAAAGGCUUUGCUGGAGUAACUGCUGGGAUUUAACUAGAGGAGAACUGGGUCAGUGCUGUCCUGUGCUGCAGUGGUGGGUGACCUGGGUCUGACACGGGCGUGCAGGGCUGCUGGAACCAGAUCCCAGGCUAGGGAUGGGAAGAGAGCAGCAGAGCUGCUGACAGGUCUGUGUCGAGCUGUCCCUCUGUGUGCUGCACACAGGUUCCCCCCAGGUGAGACCAACAGCCACAGCAGGCUCAGAAGCUCUCCACUGGCUAUGUUUACCAUAAGUUAAAUAUAAUGGAUUAUCUGAAUGUACAAAAAGGAGAAAAAAAGAGGAUUCUUGCUAUCAGCAUUGUUCUCUAGGUCUGUUAGAUAAAAUAUGAACAACAUCUAUGGCAUGGGAUGGCUUGUGCUGCUGUUUUUCCCCCCCUGUACAUGUCAGACAUACAUCCAAUACCAGAUGGGAGCUACUUCCCGAGCAGGACACAUUUGCUCCACAGGUGGUAAAAGCUGUGCAAGCUGUGCAAGCCCAAAUCCCUUUGAAACAGGUGGUCCAGAGCUGAGACUUGGGGUUGGAGGUAGCCCUGGAUCCGCUGGCAGCUGGCUUUGGGCUGGAUGAACCCUGACUGGCACCCAGCUGUCCACACUGCCCACUUCACCCCACUGUGAAGCACCUCUGCCUGCAUGGUGCUGGUGCAGCCUAAAACCUGGUGCUGGGGCCUCUGUAGGCACGAGAGGCAGGAGGAGCAUUUGGGGAGAAGUGAGGUUCAAAGCAGAUUUACUGCUGCUCUGAGGGCCCAGUCAGGCUGGAUUCCCUGUGAUCAUACAGGGGGUAUGAAUUUAUUUCCUAAAAUUCUGCUAAGAUUUGUCCUGUUGUCUGGGGGGCAUCAGUGACUCUGCCAGCAGCUCAGCAGUGAGGGGCCUUAUUGAUCAACAUUGAGCAGUCAGUCCUGGUUUUCCUGUGUCACUGGUAAAUGACAACAGAAAGCCCAGUUCAGGUACUGUAGUGCAAUACAUAAAUCAGUUUAGCAAAGCCCACAGUAUUAACACUGCCCACAGUUACAACACUGAACUUCCCAGAGGAGCUGCCUGGGGGUUCAGAGGCACCUAAGGAAAAUGGAGUGUCAGGCUGUGUUUCCUUGCAGCAGCUGCCAUGUGGAAGGUAAGGGAGUUUAUUCCUUUCAGCCUGGGACAGAGUAAGGCAUUGCUGGCCCUUUGUCCUCCCCAUGGCUGCAGUGAAGGAUCAAGCUGGGCUUUACUAUCACAAGAGCACUUUAACCAUAUGCCAGCACAGGAUGGGGUCAUUAGAGUUAGUUAAAUCUGACUAUAUGUUUACUUUUGUCUCAUCCCAUCAGGCUGAUAAUUAGGACUGUACACUUUAUCUGUCCUUGCUACAUCCAAGUUCUAGUUAAAACUUGUUCUUGAGACACAGCUUGUUGAAUCGUUAUUUUUAUCUCUCACCAUUACGGUUUUACUAAGUUGCUAAUCAUUAAGAAAAUUUAAAAGACCAAGUCAAACUUAUUAGCUAAAUGGUCAUUGCAUUUUAGUAACAUGCUAAACAUGUUUUCAUACCACGCCUGGCUAAUAAUGCAAUAUAAUUAAUAAUCCCUGAGAAAGCAUCUUGUCAGCAAGAGCUUUGACAGUGUUUUCCUAAUGUGCUGAGACAACAGCCAUUAAGACUUUUCUGUUGUGCCAACAGUAUCUAGUCUCCCACUCUCUAGGUUUAAUUUUAAAAUUAGUUUGACUUCCCUAAUUCAAUAAACUCAGGACAUUUGGCCCCAUUAACGCUCUCCACACUAAUUUAUCACAGGUUUUUCUGCCUCACUUCAACUUGUUUUCCAUCACUGAGAAGCACUACCCUCUAUCUCUGUAGUCAAACAGCUGAUAAUGAUAAAGCUAACCCAAGUACUACUUAUGCAGGGAUAAAUCCUUUGAGGUAUGAUAUAUUUUCUGAGGUGUUCAAUGUCCUUAUCUUUCACUGGAAAUCUAUGGGAGCUGAGGAAUUUCAAGGUAGGAUAUCAGGUUGGGAUACAGCAAAAUGUGUAAGCAUCAGAUUAAAUUAAGGUAACUGAGUGUUUAAAUAUUUCACUAAAUCCUGAAGGGAAGGAAUCUCCUCCCCAGCACUGGGGCAAUAAAUCCUGGCUGCAGAUCAGCAGUCCUUCAGUUUUACAGGCUGUAGAUACAACUGCAGACCUGAGGCUUGGGGAGUGUCCUGAGUUUUGCCUCCCUGCACUCUGCUCAGGAGAGAGAGCAGCUCUGUGCCUCUGAUAAGUCAGGACACGGUGGGAUCCCAGGAAAGUCAGCUCAGCAGCUGACACAGAGACACUGCUCAGGUUGGAACAGGGCUGUUUACACCACUCCGCUCAUGACCUGGUAUUUCUCAUCGUGUGACCUGACCCCAGGGCCCAGGGGUGUAAACACCACCUCCUGCCUUUCAUGGGCCAGCUGGAAACAGGUGAGAUGUUUCUGGAAACAAGGUGGGAUGUUUACCCCCAGCGCUGGCUGAAAUUCAUAUUCUCAAGGCUGGGCUUUGAUGAGGCACUUUAUGGCAUCAGACACUUCUCCGGGACACAACUGAGAACAGACACAGCUCACUAAAUCUUCCUGAAGUUUUCUGGUCCCUCUUCACUCCUUAAAGACACAGAUAGGAGAAGAAAAAUUUGAUAACAUUCUGACCCUACUUGAGAGAAAAGGUGUGUGAUCCAGCUGUGCAAUACUGGAAAAAAACCACCUUUAAAUGUGAAAGGCUGAGGUAUUUUAUUUACAAAUAUGUUUUGAAUCAAGUUGCUGUUCUUGUAUAGAAAAGUGGGGUAAUCAUAUUAAUACUAUCAAGAACUGCACUUUAGAAAAUUAACGUUGAUCUAGACAAAGGAACGAUACCUGCAGGCAAUAACUGAUGGAUUGGAUUUCCAAUGUUUUUUAUUGAAUCCCAAAUAAAGGCUGUCUCGGAAUA